GCGCGCCCACCAAAUGUCGGACGACGACGGCGACGGCGCCGGCGAGCAGCUCAGUGACGACCAGAAGCGGGAGAUCGCCGUCUGGUUCCUCUCCAACGCCCCCGCCGGCGAGAUCCGCUACGUCGCCAAAGAUGUGCGCGCGCUGCUGCGGGACGAGGCCGUGUUCGAGGCCGCCGCCGCGGAGGCCUACCCGAGGUACAACAAGGCGCACCUCGUCUCCCUCGACCUCCCCGACCGCAGCGGCGAUAUAAUCAUCACAACUUAUGGGGAGCUCGACAAGAAUAACUAUCUGGACCCUAGGACUGCCCAAGUUGCUACGGUGGACCAUGUUAAGCAGACUUGUACAAAAUUGAGGCCUGCUGCAGACGAGGAGCUUCCUUCAGCUUAUAUUGAGGAGUUUAGGAAUGCUAUAGAUGUUGAAGUGUCAAAAUACGUUGGUGAAGCUUAUCCAAAAGGUGUGUGUGCUGUUUAUUGUACCAGUGGAAAGGAUAUAGAGGAACCAGGUGCUGAUUUUGGUUUGGCAGUAGUUAUUUCUGCUGCUAGACGCAGCCCACAGAACUUCUGCAACGGCAGCUGGCGCUCUGUUUGGACUCUGGAAUUCAGUUAUGCGUUUCAACUUGUUGAAAUUAAAGGAAAGAUACAGGUAGGUGCUCAUUAUUUCGAAGAGGGAAAUGUGCAGCUGGAUACUGAUGUUGAUCGCAAGGACUCCACACUAAUGCAGACGCCUGAAGACACUGCACUCUCAGUAACUAACAUCAUUCGCCAUCAGGAGUCCGAGUAUUUUUCUUCUCUUGAGGAAUCAUACUUGAACUUGUCCGACGCAACGUUCAAGGAUCUUCGGAGGAAACUUCCAGUUACCCGCACCCUUUUCCCAUGGCACAACACUCAUGCCCUCAGCCUUACACGGGACCUCGCUAAAGAGCUAGCGCUAGGGAAAUGAAGCUUUUGGCAGGUCACUAGGUAGCUUCAUAUGGAAAUUUUAGCUCCAUGCUAUUAUUUGCUUAGACUGUACAAUUCGUAUCCUGUAACCAGCAAUUUUCUUCUUUUGGUCUAUGUGCUUCCGCAUAUCGGUGUAAAUCAAUAGCAUGACCUUUUUUUUUUUUCGAGAAGUGGCAUUGCCAGGAUAUAUGUUCAUUCAGAUACUGACCUGUGUCACUUGAUGUGAGAUCCCUAUCUGUUUUUAGCCUU